AUGUUGGGGAAUCUGUGGAUGAUCUGCCUGUGUCUCUGCUUCUGUGGGGCUGAAGCUCGCAUUUGGGCCUGGAUGCUCAACAUGCCUCACAGCCCUCCCAAAGACGGAGCAAAGACACUUAAAGAGAGUGCUCCUGGAGCCAAAGCAACCACGGCUGUUUGCGAUCAUGACAGGGCCUGUGGUCGGGGUUUCUCCUGUGAUCGACACUUUGGCCUUUGUGUUCCCCUGCGAGGGGAGGGCCACUAUUGUCGGAGGGACGCACAGUGUGUCCGCGGACUCAGCUGCAUGUUUGGGAAGUGCCAUCGCAGCAUCCCUAAUGGACAAGAGGGUGCCAGAUGUAAAGUUGACAGGGAUUGUGGGGCAUCAAUGUGCUGUGCUCGACACCACGGUGAACAGGUGUGCAAGAGACGUCUGAUCCGCGGCGAGAGCUGCUAUGUUCCCGACGGCGGUCUGGCAUUCAGCAUAAACCAGAUUUGUCCUUGUGAUGACGGACUACUGUGUCGAGAAAACGGUGCAUCACACCAGAGAGAGUAA